AGGACGGGGAUGGGAGGAGGGCAGAUUAUGGAAAUCUCAGUAAAUAGAUGCAACAGAAAUUGGAGAGAUGGUGAGGGGGUGAAGAAUGGAGGGAGAGUAAAUAAAACGGACUCGGAGUCUGAAAGCAGCCGCUGAUUAAACUCAGGCUGUGAGCAGCAGCCGCUUCUCCUCCUCAUCUUCCUCCUUCCCUCCGCUUUUCAGCCACCCAUCCCCGCUUCCUCCUCUCCAUGCCGGCGGAGGUCUCCGCGGGGCUGCCAUGGCGAAGAUCCGGGUGUCGUACGAAUACUCCGAGGCUGAGGACAAGAGCAUCCGGCUGGGUUUGUUCCUGAUCGCCUGCGGGAUCCUCAGCCUCUUCAUCCUGGGCUUCUGCUGGCUCAGUCCGACGCUGCAGAGCCUGCAGAGCAAGCCGGCCAACUGCACGGUGGUGUCUGUGCUGCGUCCUGAGGAGAUGUUUGAGUGUGUUUUUACGUGCGGAGCCGACUGUAAGGGAACGUCUCUGUAUCCCUGCCUGCAGAUCUUUGUCAACAACUCCGAGUCCAACUCUGUGGCGCUGCUGCACUUCGACGAACAGCAGCUGGUCCUCAAUCCAAAGUGCUCCUACGUCCCCCCCUGUGAGAGGGACAACCAGAAGAACAAAGACAACGUUCUGCUGUGGGAGGAUUACUUCACCAAAGAGGUCAGCAGCCAGUCCUUCACCUGCUUCUUCAACCAGCAGAGGAGGCCUGACGACGUGCUGUGGCAGCGUUCCCAUGACACCAGCGUCCUGCUGCACUGCGUCCUCUGGCCAAUGGUGUCUCUCCUUCUGGGCACGCUCAUUGUGCUGCUGACGGUUUGCGCCCGCUCCCUGGCUGUCAGAGCCGAGGCGCUGCAGAAGAGAAAAUGUUCCUACGAGGUUUGCCAGGACUUGUCCAUCACCACCUCUGAUCGCCGCGGCAACAAACCCGGGGACCUCCUGGCGACUAACUCUGACCCUGAGCUGUCGUCGCCAUCAAGGACCCUUCCUCUGUUUGCGGUGCCGGUGAGGCGACGGGAUCGGGAACAUUAGGCCAGAGAGGAAACUUGGUUUCUCAACUGGAGCCGCUGAUGGGCGACUGUGAUCUUCAUCAGGAGGAAGAUGAGGGUAAAUCCACUCUGAUGUGUGUCGGGUUCACCUUAAACACACUAGCAGCUUUUCUCAUUCGGCCUGAUCAGCAGGAGCUGAAUCCACCUCAGCCGUCCCACAUUUCAUCUUAAAUCAGAAAGUCUUCUGAAUUUCCUAUCAAAGCUUUUAUUUCUCACGUUUACAUUACAAAAACACAAAAAAUUACCAAAUGAUUUUGGUCUAGUUUCUA